GUUUUCAUAGGCGGUAAGCCUUGGCUGCUCCCUCCUCUGUGUGAUAACUGAAUCGACUUCAUCAGAGCACAAACCUUCGCUGGGGACGGUUCUCACCGGCUUCCAGACUAUCGUCAAUUUCAGGAUGGAUUCUCUGGUUGCAGCAAACACCAAAUUUGGCUUUGAUCUUUUCCAGGAGAUAAGCAAAGAUGAUCACCAUAAAAACUUCUUCUUCUGUCCUCUGAGCCUCUCGGCUGCCCUUGGCAUGGUCCGCUUGGGAGCCAGAAGUGACAGCGCACAGCAGAUAGACCAGGUGCUACACUUCAAUGAGUUUUCCCAGAGUGAAAGAAAGGAACCUGAUCCCUGUCUGAAAAGGAAAAACCCAGAAGAACUCGCUGAUGGCUCUCUGGAGGGGCAGAAGGAAACAAGGGGGUCUCUGACUCUGCAGGCUGAGUCUUCCAAUGACGAGAGUGGACUGCUCAGUUGCUACUUUGGGCAGCUUCUCUCCAAGUUAGACAGGAUCAGAGUUGAUUACACCCUAAGCAUUGCCAACAGGCUUUACGGAGAGCAGGAAUUCCCCAUCUGUCCGGAAUACUUAGAUGGCGUGAUUCAAUUUUACCACACAACCAUUGAAAGUGUUGAUUUCCGGAAAGACACCGAAAAGUCCAGACAACAGAUUAACUUUUGGGUUGAAUCUCAGUGCCAAGGUAAAAUCAAGGAACUCUUCAGCAAGGAUACUAUUAACAGCGCAACUGUGCUGGUUCUGGUGAAUGCUGUUUACUUCAAGGCCAAAUGGGAAAAAUAUUUUGACUGUGAAAACACAGUGGAUGCACCUUUCUCUCUAAAUGAGAAUGAAAAGAAGACCGUGAGGAUGAUGAAUCAAAAGGGCCUAUUUAGGAUUGGCUUCAUAGAGGAGCUGAGGGCACAGAUCCUUGAAAUAAGGUAUACCAAGGGGGCACUCAGCAUGUUUGUCCUGCUGCCGGCUUUCUCUGAAGAUAACUUAAAGGGCCUGGAAGAGCUUGAAAGGAACAUCACCCAUGAAAAAAUAAUGGUCUGGAGCAGCUCGGAAAAUAUGUCAGAAAAACCAGUAGCCGUCUCCUUCCCACAGUUCACCCUAGAAGACAGCUAUGAUCUGAAUUCUACUCUACAGGGCAUGGGCAUCACGGAUAUCUUCGAGGAAAGGAAGGCUGAUCUUACUGGCAUCUCUCCAAGUCCCAAUUUGUACCUGUCAAAAGUUGUCCAUAAAACCUUUCUGGAGGUGGAUGAAAAUGGCACCCAGGCAGUAGCCGCCAGUGGUGCUGCCAGCAUGGAAAGGUCCAUACCAUCCUGGGUGACGUUUAAUGCCAAUCACCCUUUUCUCUUUUUCAUCAGACACAACAAAACCCAAACCAUUCUCUUCUAUGGCAGGGUCUGCUCUCCUUGAAAGGAGCAUGCUGUCUAGUGCCUGGGACCUGGAAGAAAAUGGCAGUAUAGUCUUCCCCUGGCGCAAUGUGUGCAUUUGUGUUCUUGCUAAUAUCCAAAGCCGAUGGAAUCCUAUCACAGCUCCAUGCUCCCUUCCUCCAGCCACUGGCUCGUGUGUGUCCUGAUCCUUCUUUCACCCUGUAGCUGACUUUUAACUAUGUGCAUUAGUAUCAAAGGCCCUUGCUCCCUCCCUAACCUUUCCCUAUGCUAAGCUUUCAAGCAUAUAAUUCACCCUCUGUCAUGGGCAGGUCAACAUAAUGGGGAUGGUACUGACUUUAAGUUCCCCACCUCGUUAUGAAGGAAUUUCGAAAGUCCAAAUCAUUAGACCACUUCUAGGAGAUGACAGACUCAGAAACCACUUUAACAUGCGUGGCAAGAAGAAACGUUUAAGUGGAAUGUGUUUUGGAAGCUCAGCUCUAUUUCUAUGGCUAUUAAAACCAUGGCCGGUCGCUGGGCAAGAUUCCCUGCCUCUUUCUCGCCCAUCUUCUUCUACUGCGUGGAAGAUGCCCUGUGAGGUGCUUCUCAUCUGGCAGAAAGUGGGGCCUGGGGUGGAUUUAAGUGGGAGCUCAAGACAGAAGCCUGCCCUGACCAGCACUCAUUCUGUGCAGGAGGAUGGUGUUUGUUUUGUGAAUCUGACGUUGACCCAGGAGAACCGCAGUGCAUUUAAAAAUUAGUCCCGGCUUUCCUUAUUGAGUCUCCCAGGCCAUUGUCAUGAAGCACUGUCCUCUGUGUCUUCUUCACCCCCUUCCUCAGAGAAUUCUCCUCUGUAGUUAACCCUAAAUACUCAGCAUGCAAGGUGGGGGAGGGGAACACUGCCCUUACUGCUGACUGCUGGGCUCCCCGUCCCCCUAUCUCUGUAGUCUGGCCACCUGGAAAUAGAACUGUUUCCUCCUGGAGACCUCAUGCCUGGUUACAACCUGAGAGCAGGCCUGGGUCUGGGAAUGAUGCAUGUGGAAACCUUUGUCAGGAAGGCCCUUGGCUUCGUAUCAGGCUCUAGUCUACUGAAAGCCUGAUGCCUGAGUGUUCAAGGGUCCAGGACCCGGGACCUUAAUCCCCUGAUACGUCUGUGUGAAUUCUUAUUCUUGGCCUUAGCAGAAUGCUCUGGAAUGACCACUAACAACGCCUAACUCAAAGACCUGGACAGUCAUUAGAGCUCCGUUUCCCUGCCCUGCCCUGUGGCUCCCUCUUCCCAGUUGCCACUGUGUUGGAUAAGUGUGGCUGUAACAGUUUUUGUGGGGAAGGCAGGCUAACUUUGCCUGCUGUCAUGUGGGCCCCCUCUCCCCACUUCUCAUCUACAUUAAUGGUUUCUUUGUGCUGUGAACAACUAGUUCUAUGUUCUCCAUGCAGUCUUUUCAUUGCCCAAGGUUGUCUGUGGUAUACAAAUUCCUCACUGAUUAUGUGAGACAGUGUGUGGUGGCUCCUCCAAGUCCUUUCCACGGAACGCACGUCUCCUGGGUCAAGUUUAUGUCAGAUAAUCUAAUACAAAGUCUCUUCUGUGGUUCCUUUUGGGUUUGAUGUUUUGAUGACUCUGGGCCUGAUCUGGUAUCAUUGCUGGAUACUGAGUUGGAUAACUAUGGCCCCCAUGAAGGUUUGGCACUGUCUGGCAUUGCUUACAUUUUUAUUCUUUCCCUUGAUAAACACAUCUUCUCAUUUGUAUUGGGGUUUCUCAGAAUUUUAAUCACAAAGGGAAAAUGUAACUAUUUACAAAAAUGAGAAAGAGUGAGGUUCUUAAAUUUUUCUGUAAAUCAGUAAAUAUAUUCUUUACUAAUCUUCGAUUGAUUAAAAUGUCUCUUUAGUAAAUAAAGCACUUUGUCAUUAGUUAAAGUAUGUGCAACAUGUUAUGUGUCAGCUGACUUUUUUAGUGACAGAGACCUAACUUGAAAGUUUUUUUCAUCCCCAAAUAUAGAAAUACACAAUCUACAGAACUAACAAUUCAUCUCAAUUAUGUAGGAAAGAUGUAUCUUGUGCCAGGAAAUCUUUCCCACCUUUCCACCAUGCUUACAUAUGAAGGCAUACACAAAAGAUGAAGGCUUACAACAGCUCUAAAACCUGGGAGUGACAGCCAAUGGAUCAUCAAAUUUGGAAGACAUUUCUGCUGACUACAGGUUAAGAGCUGGAUGGAAAGCCUAGUCAAGGGCUCCCUGUAUCAUGCCACCCAUGUGUCAGUCUGCUUUGUUCCCUCCCACUACUGCCUCCCCUGGGGUUCAGAAACAUAAGAGCUGUGCCAAUUUAAAUUCCAGACAUCCAUCUCCACUUUGUCCUUGCUGCUGUCUCCUAGCCUCUGUUUUUCUUUCCUUUUUUUUUUUUUUUUAUGUUUAUUUAUUUUUGAAAGAGAGAGUGAAAGUGAGGGAGGGGCGGAGAGAGGGAGAGAGAGAGAGAGAGAAUCUCAGGGAGGCUCUGUGCUGUCAGCUCAGAGUCCAAUGCCGGGCCCCAUCUCAUGACCAUGAGAUCAUGACCUCAGCCAGAAUCAAGAGUCCUAUGUUUGACUGAGCCACUCGGGCGCCCCUAGCCCCUGUCUUUCUUAUCAGUUUUUUCCUUUCUGUAGCCAUUUGAAGACUGAAUGAAACUCCCCCAGUACAACUCAUAGGAAGUGAGGACAGGUAUUGGCACUUUCCCCCCAAGGCAGUUUAGUCUUCACAAGCAGAGUAGUUUUGGUGGGAUAAAGACAGAAAGAACCCUGCUGGCAAUGUUGUUGGGUUCAUAUAUUUCAUUUACCUCCUCCGUUCAGAGUGUCAGAGAGUCAGAUCAUACAGGGAGGCGAGAGCUUUCUGACAGUCCAGUGAACUACAGUAGAUGCAAGCCUAUAAGAAACUGGGAAUUAUGUUAAAAUCAGGAGCUCUUGACUCUUCACUCUUGCACCAGUGAGACUGACCCUUUAAUAUGGCAGCCAGAGGCAGAGAGAAAAUGCAGGUCCGUGCUCUAUAAUUGAUAGAAAACCAGCCAGAACCUGCAAAUCAGGGACUGAGCUCCUCCAUUUCUAGUUUAAGAUUUCCUCCACCCAGCAAUGUUGACAGGUAAAACAAAUGAGGCCAUGCAGAUUCAAAAACAAAUGAUUCAUCUACCCCGACGACAAACGCUCUGGGAAGAGAACCAUGAAUGUGUAGUACCCAACAGGCUCUCUGGCACUCUCUAGUUCACAGACUCUGUAUGUUCUAUUUUAUUUCAACCUGGGCCCUUCUUAUGAUUUCAUACAUUAUCUAAUGUAUAUUUCCCCUUGAGCUGGAGCAAGCCAGAACAUGUGUUGCUUCAUCCCUGAUUGAUGCUUCCUUCCUUUGGAUGUAUGGCUUUCUUUUUUUUUUUUUUUUUUUUCAGUAUCAUUAACCUUAGGCGGAAGCCCUAUGAUUGGGAUGAUGGGUGAGGAAGCUGUGUGGUUGUCUCUGUGGGUUUCUUUGUUCCGUAGUUGAAUGCCAAUGUCAAAUGUAUUCUUCAUCCACAUUACUUGUGUUGUAUUCAUGUUUUCCCCAAUCCAUUGUCUUAUUCUUUUAUUUUUUUACUCAAUAAAUAUAAUACAAGGU